UUCAGGCUGGAUGCAUGCAGGUUAUCCUAUCAUGGCACACAAAGUCUCAGCUGCUGAGCUGGUCGGUGUUAAAAAAGGUAAAGAAAUGUGGGGCCCCAUCCACGAGCUGGGACACAACCAACAGAGAGGCUGCUGGGAGUUCCCACCAAACACCACAGAGUGUACAUGCAACCUGUGGUCAGUGUAUGUGCAUGAAGAGGUGCUGGGGCUCCACAGAGGACAGGCUCAUGAAGCUAUGACUGCAGAAAAUCGACAAAGUCGAGCCAAGGAUUACAUCGCAGGAGGCAGGAAACCUGACAGCUGGAGCAUGUGGGUGGCUCUGGAAACAUAUAUGCAGCUCCAGGAAAGGUUUGGCUGGGAUGCCUUUAAGAAGGUGUUUACUGCGUAUCAUCACAUGAAGGACUUCCCCGGUGACAACAAAGGAAAAAUGAACCUGUAUGCUGAGACUUUCUCCCAGACUGUGGGGAUGGACCUGACUGGCUUCUUUAAGGCCUGGGGCUGGCCAAUAGAAACAGCCACUGAAGGGAAGCUCUCAACACUGCCUCCCUGGAACGAUCACCCCAUGACCCAGUAUAACUAAACCUCAGACCACUGCAGUGUGCAGAGAAACCGUUUCAACCAAUAUCUUAAUUUGAAGUGAAUGAUGGGCAACACGGUGAACUGAUUUGGUGUCUGGUGUUCUGUUUUAACAACAUUUAUUAGAGUAUCUGAAUAGAGAAACAGAAAUGGUGGACUGAGGUUGCAGGUAUUGAAUCUUUCCCUUUAUUUUGUACUGGUCUGAAAACAUACUAAAGCAUUGCACUAUUAUAGCAUACAUUGCAAUCAAGUGUCUUCCACUGUGCUCUAUGUGCUCUACUGAAUACUUUCACUGCAAACCUUUCAUUACAAAUAAUAGCAGUCUUUUGUGAGGACACAGUUGUUGAUAUUAGGACACUAAUAUCAUUAGAAAUUUGGAUUUACUUUAUGUGAAAAGGAAAAUAUUGGAUCUCUCAUUUGCUCUUCUGCUGUAUUUUCAUGUUUGCAUUUCCAAGUUGCACUACAGAGGUCAGACUUUUUAAUAAAAUAACUUUUGUCUUUAGUUUUACUACACUGAUAUCUGAAACAGUAAGAGAAAUCACUUUAUCUCUAAAAGACUUAUUUUUUUUUCAAUUCAGAUCUUAAGUGAGAAAAGCAGUGAAGGGCUCUGUUUCAUUCUGAAAUCUUUGUCUCUGCGAUCAUUUGAGCAAAGCCAAAUAAUUUUGUUCCCUGCAGAAAAUGCAACUUGAUGUUUAUGACUUGUGAAAACUGGAAGACAUUACAUUACUAAACAGAGAUCGUUUCUGAAGAUGAAAAUGUUCUUGAAUGUUUGCAUAUUUAUUACUUACUUGCAUUUCCUAUACUUGCAUCCAAAACUGCCAUGGUUUUCUUCCACACAUAAACACACACAGUGACAUAUGGGAUUCUAUUGCAGAGUCAGCCCUU